AUGCUUAUAAUCUUAGGUCUUUUAGAGUCCCCAAUCUCGACUCAAGCUCAAUUACAAUUGGGUUUUUAUUCAAAGAGCUGUCCAAAAGCUGAAAAAAUUGUCCAAGACUUUGUUCACCAACACAUCCAUAACGCUCCAUUGCUGGCCGCAGCUUUCAUAAGAAUGCACUUCCAUGAUUGCUUUGUUAGAGGUUGUGACGCAUCUAUACUUCUGAACUCCACUUCCGGUAACCAAGCUGAAAAGGAUUCUCCUCCAAAUUUAACAGUUAGAGGCUUUGACUUCAUCGAACGAGUAAAGAGUUUACUUGAAGCUGAAUGCCCUGGCAUAGUCUCCUGUGCCGACAUUAUUGCAUUGGUUGCCAGAGACUAAAUAGUUACCACGGGAGGUCCAUAUUGGAGUGUUCCAACAGGGCGUAGAGAUGGGGUGAUAGCUAGAUUCUCAGAAGCUUUAUCAAACAUCCCACCUCCAUUUAGCAAUUUCACUACUCUACUAAGACUUUUUACCAACCAGGGACUUGAUUUAAAGGACUUAGUCUUGCUCUCUGGUGCUCACACUGUUGGCAUUUCCCACUGUUCAUCGUUUUCAAAUCGCCUUUACAAUUUCAAUGGGGUGGGUGAUCAGGAUCCGUCUCUAGACAGUGAGUAUGCUGCUAACCUCAAGGCAAAUAAAUGCAAGACUCCUAAUGAUAAUACCACCAAGGUUGAGAUGGACCCUGGAAGCCGUAAGACAUUUGAUCUCAGCUACUAUACUCUUCUCCUUAAGAGGCGGGGCCUUUUUGAAUCAGAUGCUGCUUUAACCACCAAUCCAACUUCUUUAGCUUUCAUCAAACAACUACUUCAGGGUUCACUUCAGAAUUUCUUUGCAGAAUUUGCUAUUUCAAUGAAGAAAAUGGGGCGAAUCAAUGUCAAGACUGGAUCAGAGGGUGAGAUUAGGAAGCAUUGUGCUGCGGUUAAUUAA